AUGUUAAAAUUGGUAUUGAACAACACUAUCAAUAGUGUUGCAUCAAAGAAUACCUCAUCAAUAAGCAAUGGAUUAUUAAAAGAAUUCUCAAAAUUAUCAAUAUAUAAAAAUAACAAUAAUAAAAAAAUAAAUAAUUGUAAAUGCACAAAUUGUGUAUGCAAUUGUAAAUGUACAAAGAAAACCAAUACCACCACCAACACCAAUAUAUAUAAUAACAUGAAUAAUAAUAAUAAAAGAUAUUAUUCAACAAAACAAAACAUUGAAAAUGAAAAACAAAUAGAAGAGGAUAGUAAAAUUGGAUUAGCAACAAGUGAUACAAAUAGAGGUAAAUUACUUGAAGAUUAUUAUGAUGGUUCAAAAUCUAGACAAGAUUAUUUUAAGAAAUUUAGAGAUGAAACAACUCCAAAUAAACAAGAUCCAGCAGAUAAUUUCAGAGUUAGAGUUUCAGUACCAAGACCAGAAUUUGAUGAACAUUAUGAAAAACAACUCCUUCCAGACGAUUUUGCAGAUAGUUACUUGAAUAGCAUACGUCCAAACUCUAAUAGAGAGCAAGAAGAGUUACCAUUCUCUGACAAUACUCGUUUCUCUCCAUUCAGACCAGUUCGUCCAAAAAUUCAAAAGACUUCGGUUAUCGAUGGCGCUUCGUCCGGUUACUCCAAGAGAAAGAGAAGUCGUGCAGUUGUUUCAAUUCAACCUGGUAAUGGUUCAAUACUCAUAAAUGGUCGUACCCUUUUAGAUUAUUUCCCAUCGAUUUCCUACAGAGAUAAUGUAGUUCAACCAUUGGUUAUCACUGAAACUCUCACAAAAUGGGAUGUCUCAAUUAGAGCUUUCGGUGGUGGUCUCAAAGGUCAAUCUGAAGCUGCUCGUCGUGCACUAGGUUUCUCUUUAGUAAAUUAUGAUCUCGGUUAUAGACCAGCACUUAAAAUCGCUGGUCUUCUCAAGAAUGAUAUUCGUAAAGUUGAAAGAAAGAAACCAGGUUUACUCAAAGCAAGAAAGAGAUUCCCAUUGGUCAAACGUUAA